UUGAAAAAUCUCUGCAUCUGUAAAUGUCUGUCCGGUCCUGUACCUUGUAUACUUUCUGUGAUUCAAACCCAGAAAGGGUUAGAUUUCCAUUAAAACUUCUGAAACCAAAAAUGGGUAAAAUUAGUUUAAUGUCAUGUCUCAUUUUAGUUUUUUUGGUAGUGUUAGUUAAUGGUCAGCAGAAGAAAGAUGAAAUUAGAGUGUUUGAGCUCAAGAAAGGGAAUUUUGCUAGUAUUAAGUUCACUAAUUGGGGUGCAUCUAUUAUGUCCCUUGUUAUUCCUGAUAAUCAAGGGAAAUUAGCUGAUGUUGUUCUUGGAUAUGAUUCUGCUCAAUCAUACAAGACAGACACGACUAACUUUGGUAGAACCCUGGGAAGAGUGGCGAAUCGAAUUGGAGGAGCUAAGUUUACAUUGAAUGGAACUACUUACAAACUAGUUGCCAAUGAUGGCAACAAUACACUUCAUGGUGGAGCUAUAGGAUUUAACAAUGUGCUUUGGAAAGUGAAAAGUUAUAAACCAAAUAUCAAAACUCCUUCGAUCACUUUCAGCUAUGACAGCUUUGAUGGUGAACAAGGAUUUCCUGGGAAGGUAUCGGUAUCGGUCACAUACAGAAUAAUGUCAGGGAAUGACACUACCUUAUUUGUGACCAUGAGAGCAAAGGCUAUAAACAAGGCAACACCAGUCAACCUUGCUCACCAUACAUAUUGGAACCUCGGUGGUCACAACAGCGGCGACAUCUUAUCUCACAAAGUUCAAAUUUUUGCUAAGCACAUCACACCAGUUGGUCCUGACCUAAUCCCCACGGGCAAGAUUACCCCAGUGAAGGGUACACCAUUCGAUUUUUAUGAUAUGCGUACGGUUGGAAGUAGGAUCAAGCAGCUUCCUGGGGGGUACGACAUCAAUUACGUGAUAGAUGAGCCCACAUCCAAGACCUCGGAAAGGCUGAUAGCGUUAGUGUCCGAAAGCAAAUCUGGUAGGUCUAUGGAGUUGUGGACUGAUCAACCGGGUGUACAGUUCUACACUUCUAAUACACUAUCAAAUGUGAGGGGAAAAGGAGGAUAUGUCUACGAGAAGUAUGGUGCACUUUCUUUGGAGACUCAAGGUUUCCCUGAUGCUGUUAAUCACCCUAAUUUUCCUUCUGUGAUUGUGAACCCUGGCGAGACUUGCAUUCACCGCAUGCGUUUUACAUUCAGCACUGUACCAAGUAAGAAAUAUGCGGACAUUUGAUGACAUCAUUUACCUCAUAACCACGUUCUGGAAGAGAUUUCGGAACAAUGAUCAAGAGUGUUCUUGUUACAACUUUAAUGUGAACGCGAAUGAGUUUGCUGUUUGCAGUCACAUUCUGUGUAUGUUCUUUACAUUUCCACAAAGUAAGUAUGUACCAUCAUUCAAUAUGAAUGUGAAUUCUUAGCACUUGUCUAUGUCUUGAAUUUGUACCAUCAAAUUUCAUUGUUGUCUUUUUA